AUGCCCCCCUCCCUACCACCAAAGAAACCCCCCGCACCCAACAAGCCCACCCCCCAAAACCACUGCGUCUUCGACCCUUGGAACUCCUCCUCAUCAGGCCACCAACGCGCCGAAAAUCCAUUCUCAGGAACCACCUCCUGGCGCGAUACCCGGACCGCAAAAUUGAAGCAGCAGUUCCGCGGCGAGGACUGGUCCCGCGAUAGCACUGGUGUUCUCGGCGAUGAGGAUUUCUCGGUGAAAGCGUUUGAUGGGACGUGCGGGUCUGUGUCGCCGGUCGCUGAGAACCACGGAUAUGGGAGUCACGGUGGGAGAGGAAACUCAAGCGCAAGCGAGGGCAGGACGAGGGCGGGGGAAUGGCGAUGGGUGUCGCGGGAGGAGGCAACGAGGGAACAGUUGGGUGUGCGGGAUAUUCGAAGCUUUAUGAAUGUUGGGAAGAGGAAGGCUGGUGAUGCGUUUCAAACGCAACUAGACGCUAUGAAGAAGGCGGAAACAGCUCCAGAAAGCAGAGCCGAACCGCGAAAAUUGCAUGCGAUCUCAAACACCACGAUGGUCACCGCACCCAUGCCUGCGCCAAAGCCCUCAACAUCCUCUACGACCCCUUUUACAUCUACCAGCACGACUGAAACACCCCCGAACCCAACCCCUAAAUCCGACUCCCAGCCUCUACUCAAUCAACCGCGACAAACCACUACCAAAACACCCUCACCCACCCACCCCACCACUAACCCAUCAUCCUCAAAACUCUUCACCGGCACAACAAUCUACAUAAACGGCUCCACCCUCCCCCAAAUCUCUGACCAUAAACUUAAAGCCCUCCUGGCCGCACACGGCGCAACUAUCGCCAUCGGCAUGGCCCGCAAGACCGUCUCCCAUAUUAUUAUUGGACAACCCGGAACCACAGGCCAGGGUGCCGGCGGGGGUCUUGCGGCGGGGAAAUUGCAAAGAGAGAUUGAGAGGGGUGGGUGGAAGGGGUUUAGGGUUGUUGGUGUUGAUUGGGUUCUUGAGAGUAUCAAGGCGGGCAAAAGACUUGCGGAAUCGAGAUUUGCUGUUUUGAGUGUUGCGCCGAAGGGGCAGAAGGGUGUUGCUAGUAUGUUUGGUGGGAGGUGA